AGGUGUCCCAAUUCUAUGGGCUGGAUUACCAUCUGGACUUCUAUCCAAACAUUUAAUGUUGAGGCACCAUGCCAGACCGUGGAAGAUCUAACGAGUGGGGUUGUGAUGGCCCAGGUUCUUCAAAAAAUAGAUCCAGCUUAUUUUGAUGAAAAUUGGCUGAACAGAAUCAAAACAGAAGUAGGAGAUAAUUGGAGGCUAAAGGUAAGCAAUCUGAAGAAAAUUUUAAAAGGAAUACUGGAUUACAACCAUGAGAUUCUAGGGCAACAGAUAAAUGACUUCACCCUUCCUGAUGUUAACCUGAUUGGAGAGCAUGCUGAUGCUGCUGAGCUUGGGAGAAUGCUUCAACUUAUUUUGGGAUGCGCUGUGAAUUGUGAACAGAAGCAAGAGUACAUCCAGACCAUUAUGAUGAUGGAAGAAUCAGUUCAACAUGUUGUCAUGACAGCCAUUCAGGAGUUGAUGAGUAAAGAGUCUCCAGUCUCUGUUGGAAAUGAUGCUUACGUUGACCUUGAUCGGCAGCUGAAGAAAACUACAGAAGAAUUAAAUGAAGCACUUGCAACAAAAGAAGAAAUUGCUCAGAGAUGUCAUGAGUUAGAUAUGCAGGUUGCAGCCCUCCAAGAGGAGAAGAGCAGCCUGCUUGCCGAGAACCAGAUUUUGAUGGAACGUUUAAAUCAAUCUGAUUCCAUUGAAGAUCCCAACAGUCCUGCAGGUCGUAGACACCUGCAGCUGCAGACACAACUAGAACAGCUCCAAGAGGAAACAUUCAGAUUAGAAGCUGCAAAAGAUGACUAUCGAAUACGCUGUGAAGAACUAGAAAAGGAAAUUGCGGAAUUGAGACAACAAACAGAAGAGCUUACUACACUGGCAGAGGAGGCUCAGUCUUUGAAGGACGAGAUAGAUGUACUCAGGCAUUCUUCUGAUAAAGUAGCCAAGUUAGAAAGCCAAGUAGAGUCAUACAAAAAGAAACUGGAGGACCUGGGUGAUUUGCGGCGGCAAGUGAAGCUUUUAGAAGAGAAGAAUACAAUGUACAUGCAAAAUACCGUGAGCCUGGAGGAAGAACUAAGGAAGGCCAACGCAGCACGCAGUCAGCUGGAAACAUACAAGAGACAGGCAGUUGAACUACAAAACAGGUUAUCUGAAGAAUCCAAGAAAGCUGAUAAAUUAGAUUAUGAAUGCAAACGACUGAAAGAAAAAGUAGACAGCCUCCAAAAAGAAAAAGAUAGAUUAAGAACAGAAAGGGAUUCUUUGAAAGAAACUAUUGAAGAACUUAGAUGUGUACAAGCUCAGGAGGGUCAACUCUCCACUACAGGAUUGAUGCCUCUGGGAAGACAAGAGCCUUCAGACAGUUUAGCAGCAGAAAUCAUUACUCCCGAAAUAAAGGAGAAACUCAUCCGCCUUCAGCAUGAGAACAAGAUGUUAAAAUUGAACCAAGAAGGUUCUGACAAUGAGAAGAUUGCCUUGUUGCAGAGCCUUCUUGAUGAUGCAAACUUACGGAAGAAUGAACUGGAGACAGAAAACAGAUUGGUAAAUCAGAGACUUCUGGAAGUACAGUCCCAGGUUGAAGAACUACAGAAAUCUUUGCAGGAUCAAGGUUCAAAAGCUGAAGAUUCGGUUCUUCUGAAAAAGAAACUUGAAGAACAUCUAGAGAAGCUCCAUGAAGCUAACAAUGAGCUACAGAAGAAACGAGCUAUUAUUGAAGAUUUGGAACCAAGAUGCAACAACAGUUCACUUAAAAUCGAGGAAUUACAAGAAGCUCUACGGAAAAAGGAGGAGGAAAUGAAACAAAUGGAAGAACGAUACAAAAAGUAUUUGGAAAAGGCCAAAAGUGUCAUCCGCACGUUAGAUCCUAAACAGAACCAGGGUGCUGCUCCUGAGAUUCAGGCACUGAAAAAUCAGUUGCAGGAGCGGGACAGAAUGCUUCAUUCCCUGGAGAAAGAAUAUGAGAAAACAAAAAGUCAAAGAGAAAUGGAGGAGAAAUUUAUCGUUAGUGCCUGGUACAACAUGGGGAUGAAUCUGCAUAAAAAAGCAGCAGAAGACAGACUGGCUAGUACAGGCUCAGGACAGUCCUUCCUGGCUAGACAAAGGCAAGCCACGAGCACAAGGAGAUCUUACCCUGGUCAUGUCCAGCCAGCAACAGCAAGGUAGAGGAGCCUUGCCCUUAGAAAGAAAACUGCCCUGUGAUCCAGGCCACUUCUAUUGCAAGUGACAACAUUCAAGGAAAAUAAACCAGCAUCCUUUCUCUUUCUCCCUUAUUACUGCUAUUAUUUUACCAUUCAGGAAAAGGUUAUAUUAUGCUUUCUCAUUGCUCUGUUAUGCCCCUUGCUUUUAUUUUUUGGAGUUCAUUUCUCUGCAUUUUCUGAAUGUGCCAAAAUUUUGAAAACAUCUAGAGGAGUGCUGUAUAAUAACAGUCUUAUUUGUAUGAAGCCUGGUCUCUCGCAAAAACCUCAUGUGGACCAUAUGACAGUGUAGAUUUCUUAUCACAGUUGGCACUUUUGUGCCUGUAAGGGUUGUUAUGCUUUAUAAGACUGUUUUUGUUCAAAGGGAAUUUGCUUUUUAUUUCAUCUACUAUCCUGUUGCUUCAGAAAAAUGCUGAAAUCUCAUUACGGAAAUGCAAAAUUGGAUUAUAAUAUUAUUGUGAAAUAUAUUUCAUACUAAAAACUCACCAAUGCAAAAAAGAAAGAUUGGGAGUUUUUAAAUCUCCUAAGUUCAAAGUUUGCUCUUAUUCUUGGCAUUUAGGGAAGCAGGAUGAUCUUUUUCCAGGUUUUUCUUUAUCAACUGGUGUUACCUCUUUUGCUGGUAGAGAUGAAUAUUUUUGAAUGGUUUGUUCCACUCUUCUUUGUCAACUGUAUGCUUAAAUACAUAUUCUAAAAACAUGGAGAAGUAUUUAGGAUGUGCUACUCUGCUACUCUAUCUUCCAUUUAAAAAGGACAUUUGUUUUAAAAUUUUAUUAUUAUGGAUGAACAACACGUAAUGGAUCAAGGCCCUAAUUGAUAUUGUUAAUGUACUCCAGUUGUCAUCCCCUACUAAAAGACUUGCUUUUAAUAUAUUGAUUCAGGGUAUAAUUGUAUCAGUUGCCUUACUAAUGGUACCAGUGCCUUCAGGUGAGUUUACUGCUGACUUUGUUGGAAACUGGCUGUGAUUCGUUGUACUGCCUUUUUAAUGCAUAGCUGAUUAAUUGUUGUAACACCUUCAUGUUGAUCAAUGAAUGGAGGCGUCUCCUAUUUAGGUUCUGUUCCUACAAAGUUAUACUUUUUUUCCUGACCAACUCUAUGCAUUCCCUAUAAUUUUUGUCAAAAAAUUGAUGGACACAGAGAACCUGAGUAUUGGCUGGAAGUUUCAUAUUUCUACAUCUUGUUGUGAUUCAAUUUUAAAUUUAGGUUUAUAUUUAGAGACUGUUUGGGCUCUAAUGCAUGGGCAGUCAGUUUAUAAAUUUUUUCUUUCAUCUGAUUUUGAUGCCCUUCUAAGUGGAGACAUUUCUUUUUUGCAUAAAUCCCUUUAGAGAAAAGAUACUAGCAUUUAUCAAUCGAAUGACAUUUUUUGGGACUAUUGUUUUAUCCUCAACUGCAUCAUCUGUUUUAAUCUGGGCUAAGAAAUGCAUUCAGUAUGUGUCUGAAAAAUAUUUUCAGUUCCAGUUAUGCCCCCACACACACCCCCAUGCACCCCACCCAGAAAACAGAUGCUGAGUUCUACAUGUAGUUCUGUAAUUUAUUCCUCACAUUUGGGAAAAAAUGGUUUUCUAAAAUUUUUCUGUACUUAUGCAGUAUAUAACUGGUAUGGACUUGCAAAAAUGAGAUGAGACAUGGCAAGUUUCUUGUGUGCAGAAAGAUAAUGCAAAGGAUAAGUUGCAGAUAAUUUCUGUAGCUCAGUGAGGUGAUACGGUCUGCUGUCUCUUACUGAGAUACAAAAUGCUCUGUAUACAAAAUCCUUUCUGUCCUCAUCCAGAUGAUUGCAGUUGAUGUGCGAUAGCUUUUACUGAUUUUGUUGUGCAAUCAAUUUAAUAAUUUGAAGAACUCUUUACUACAUGCUGUAUGUGAACAGGAGCAAGACCACUCCUCCAAGAGAAUUUGAUGUUCCUGUUUGAGGUUACAGCAUUUUGGAUCACCCAGAGCAAGAACCUAAGAAUACCUAAAGCUCUAUUUUAAUUUUAAUCUAGCUAAUUUUUCUGUUACAAAACUGUCAAGGGCUAUUUGUGAAAGAAAGGGAUGGAACCUUAAUGGGAAGUUUUAUCUCUCAAUUUUGUCUAGUAAUUUAAUUACUUAUUGCUGUUAGUUAGGUGCAGAUCUAAAAUAACUUUAACACAAUCAGCACACUAGGAUAAAAGUAAUUGCUUUUAUAAUUAUUAUGUUAAUAUUUGUUUUACUGUUUUGCCUCCAAAGUUUUGAUGAUAGUCUAAUGCCACUGAGAGUUAGGAGAUGAACAGAUGCUGGUUAGAAGCCUUGUCUUAGGCUUUUACUUUCCAGUCUCUCAUAGCUUCUUUUGCUUCUUGGUGGUUGUUGGCUUUUCUCCUCUUUGUGAUUCUGUCUUUCCUUUUCCCUUGAAGAUAAGACACUGAUGUGUUUUCUGUACUUCUCUUCAAAAAUAGAUAGCGUCAUUAUAUAGCAUCAAAGAGCAACACAAAACUCAUAUUGCAUCAAGCUUUAUUGUUGCUCAUAGUAAUUGUUAGGCAAGUGAACAAUCAUUUUGUCUUUGAGAAUUUACAAACAUGCAGAAAUUCUAGUAUUUCCCAGAAUUUGUGCUAAAUAUAAAAACCUAAAAAUGUACUGCGCUCUUACAGAAAUAUACUCAGUUGCUGUCUGGUUCUAGUAAGUCAUUUGUUAUGUCUUCUAUUAGUAAUUAAGAGGAGUUCAGUAAUUUUUUCUUCGGUGCUUUACUUCUUUAAUUUGCUGCGUACAUCCAUUCUUAGUCUUUGUAUGUGGAUGAAUGCAAGCGGUGAACAUCAUUAAACCUUCUCUUUUACAAGAACAGCUUCUUUAUUCAAAGGGUUCAACUUCAUUAUUUUGCUUGCUUGUUGUCUAUCUUUGUAAUCAGUGUGUAUUAAGAAAAAGAAGGAGCCCAGACUGUGACUUCAGGGAAUAAACACAUAUAUAGGGGAGCUACCAUAUGUUCCCCAUUUGUGUUACCUUGAGUAAUUAAAGAAUAGAAGCAAAAGCCCCAGCCCAUGGAUCAGAAUUCUCUCAGUACAUUAGAUAGUUCUGAGAAAUUUUUAGGAAUACUUUUUUCCCUUCGGGCAAGAAAGACUAUUUACAUCAAAAUCGUAGUGAUAAUUACUAAGUCAAUGCUGUAUCCUGUCCUGACACACCACGGAAAAAAGACCCACAACUGAGCUUAAAGAGAAAAGGUUCUUCAGGUCAGAGGUAAAACAACUGAGGAGUUAAUGAGAGUACUUUUCUGGGCAGUUUGCUGAGGAUCUGCCCAGAAUAAUCUUUCUGACAGAUUUUAAUUAAUGAAAAUAAAUUACAGUGGUUACAUUUUUUUUUUUAGGAUUAAUACUUUCAUUGUUUAGAGCUGAGCGUAGUUUCUGACCUAAAAGGAUGAUGGAUUCAGCUGUGCAGUCCAGUUAAUGUACUUCUGUGGAGAGUUGAGUUUUUAGCAUAUCCAGUCAGACAUUACAGAAGAAAAAAAAUUCAAGUUCCCUCUUUUCUUGAUAGCAACACAUAACCACUUGGAUCAUAACACAUAUUUUCUAAGUGCUGUGAAAACUGAAGUAAUUUAAUUUAAAGGUUGUGUGUUCCAUCCACAGUGCAAAGAUGUCUCGGUCUCCCCUUGGAGACAAACUCCCCGAGAAAAAAGCAGUGUAGCCCGGUGCAAUGCUCCUCCCCCGACUUCAGCCACUUUCUUUUGUCUUUCUUAAGUAACCAUAAGUAUUCAUAAGUACCCAAUAGUUAGUUUCCUAGCAACUUAGUGGGAAAAAAAUUCUAUAAGUAAAAGAAAAAAAAGAAAGAAAUCCAACCCCCCAACAAAAGGUAAACAUGCAAUAUACAAUUAAAUACUUUGCAUAUUUACAAUGAAAUAAAUACAUAAUGGCUACAAGAUGCCUUUCAUUUUGUUUGGAAAUAAUCAAAUGGCGAUCUUGUCCUGUUCAGGUGUCACUCGUGUUAGCAGUAAUACUUCUGCAAGAUUUUUGUGGCUCUCUGUUCUGUAAGGAGCACUGGCAUUUUUAUAUGUAUGAAAGAAUUCACAGUGAAUAUUCCUAUUACUGCUUUAUUAUGAUCUCAGAUAGUAAGUGGUAUGUGUAAGCUGUCAAGAAAAUGUAAAAGUUUUUUUGCAAUUUUAAAGUCCUUGGUAUUUUUACUUGUGCAAAAAGCUUUUGCUUUUCCUGUGUUCUCUAGUAUAUGAGACUAUACACUUAACAGCUUCCUGAAUGACUUUGAGUGGCUUUAAUUUUCCUGAUAUGUUGACAUUUUCUGUGAUUUGGUUGUUGUAAGAUAUUUUAAUGUCACCACUUGAUUUUCUUCUUGUUAGUGAUUUGGGCGGAGAUUACCCUGAAUGUGGCUAACUUUCCUUUUUAUUAUGAAGCAAAACAGUAUUUCAACUCACUGUAUAGAGAUUUUUUUAUUCUUGCCCAACAUAUUGACUUUUUGCAAGGAAUGAUGAGGGAGGUAUUUUUGCACUCAGUCAGCUAUGCAGUACUGACUUAUAAAGGGGUUUUGCACAUGUGUUUUAGGUAGAAUGUGGAGUCUAUGUUUUCCAGUAAGAUUGUACUGAUAAACUUCAGUAUCUCCUAACCAAAUUUAGCAGGCAUUGCAUAAAUAAAUAGCUAAAAGGAUCUAUCAGAAUAUACUUCCAAGUGAUGAGGGUUUUUGGAGCAAAUCCUAGAAUCCUAGCCAUGCCUCCAGUUUGUCAGGAGGAAUCAAGAACAUAUCCUGGCAUGGCUGAUUGGAUUGCCUUAUUCCUGUGGUGGUCCUUCCCUCUGGAAGUCCAGAAAAGUAGCAGAAGUUUGUCAGUGGUCCUGCAGGCUAUGACUAACAACAAGGUGUGAUUUCUUUGGUUUGAAAGUGGAGGAGGCAGGUGCAACCAACUAGUCAGUAGAAAAAUCAGAAGAGCAUUCUUUCAGCAUUUUGCAUUUUGGUUUUCAUUUCAAAACAAAUGAAGAACCUGAGCUUAUUGAGCUAGAAAGAAGAUUUUUAUCUUUUAAAUUAAAUUUUAAUUUUAAUUGAGUAACUAUUAGAGGUUUUACCCAUAUAUAAGGCAGAAGCUGUCAUUAUCAGCCACCACAACCUCAGACUUUCUGCAUCUGGUACAGUGAAACCCUGUAAAGAUUGUCUCUGCUACCAGCUCCAUUGAACCAUUUGGAGACACUGAGGGCUUAGUUAGUUUCAUCCUCUGUUUUUCUUUGAUUUUUUUUUUAAUUCAUUAAGGUACUGGGAUAUAAAGUGUAUUUUUAAAAUGCAUCAGCACAUUGAAUUAGGCAAUGAAUGAAUGUUGAUUGGAGGGCUCUAGGAAACUUGACAAAUCAUACUGUCCCGUGGGGCAUUGAGACAGCACCUGACAGUGCAGCCAAGACAGCUUCCCAGACUAAUUGUCUUGGUGUCAGAUGGUAGUCAAUCAGUAGGAACUUGUGCUGACUGCUGUAAUUGAAGUCCUUAUCUGCUGGAGGAUGGUGUUGCUGUCAGCUUCACUGUGAUCCAGAUUCUGUCUUCACCUUUGGGCCUUGCCAAGGUAGUGCAGGACUACCCUGAAGCAUAUUUCUGCAUUAGUUUGCUCUGGUGUCAAAUCAGGAGUUUGCACUGCUGCUAUUUGCUGUGCAUGUAAAGUUGUUUGGAAAAUUGCAUAUCCUUCAGUCCCCUUUGCAUAUGGUGUCAUUUCCAGACUGAAAACAGAUUCAGUUUGUCAGAUAAAAAUUUCUUGCAGCUGUCUUGCUGCAAUGGGUCUCAGAGACUGAUCCAUACAACAUGAAAAAUACUGCUAGUAGAGGGAGUUACAGGUCAGUUGGGCAGCCUUUCCUUUCUGGUGCUGACUUAUUCAUUGCUUUACAUUUGAGAGGUCUUUGCAAUCAGAUGAGGUGAUUUCAGAAAGAGGAACAGUGGUUGUUUUAAUUAAUAAAAAAGCAGACAUCUGUCAGCACUGUGAAGAACUGCUAACUACUGUAGCAUGGCACAAAUCUGAAACACUACAAAAGCAAGUAUUUCCACUUGGUGUAGAUUACAGUAUAGAGGAGUUUAUUAUGGAGAUGGAAAUUGAAUCCCUAAUGAUUAUACAUAUCUUGAAAAGAAAAGAGCUAACAUAAAGUCCAGUUGUUACUGUUAGCAUGUUCAUGUUGUUAACCUGAUCAUGAAAGUGGAUGGAAUUUUAAGAGAAAAUCCCCAGUGGUGUAGUAUUUAUGGAGUUAUAAAAUAGUUGUAAUGAGACCAUCAGACUUUUGAUUUGGAUUUGAAUGUAACAUCAGCUAUAUAAUUUAAAAUAUUGUAAAGCAGAGGUUAUUGUUCACAGCCAAAAAAGGUUAGUAAGCUGGAGAGUAAACUUAUUUCCUGGAGGCAUCAGUGGUUUUGAGAGCGAUUUUAAAGCUUUUGUUUAGCAGUGUCUGUAUAAGCAUUACAUUAUUAGGCCACAAUUUUUUAAAUUUUGAAUUUGCUUUGUAUUCUCUUUGUAACUCUCUAAGAUGCUGCAGAUGCAGUGACAGGUUAUGCUCAGUGAAUUUGCCCUCACAUCUUACAUUUUUGUUUUCUUCUAUGUAUUGCUACCUCAACAGGUGGCUUUAAAAUAGAGAAAUUGGCAGAUAACUAUUUUUAGAACAUGGUAAGAAUUUCUAGUCAGGAAAGGAUGCUAACAGAAUUUUUACAUCCUUGAAAGUUAAUACAGUGUCCUGAGUUUACAAGACCUCUCAAAAGUACUAUUGACUCAAAGAGAAGAAAAAAAAACCACUUCUGUGUUUGUGCAACAUACACUUUAAGGACACUUGAAGUGCUAUUAAAUAGUAAGUUUGAGCUAAAUAAUAGCCAGAUGAGACUAAAGGAGUAGAUUAUAUUCAUUUAUACACAAUAGAAUAGGUACAUGCUUAUGUAACUUGAACUUUUUAUUUUUUUAUAGAACUACAGUGAUCUUCAUGUUAAUCCUGAACUGUGUAACUAUAUGCACCAAGCAGUGCCAAGCAAGCUUAAAAGACAAUGAUUGCUCAAAAUACACACCCUCAAGGUCUUUGAAUGUGUUGAAUGUGCUAAUUUUUUAAAUUCCAUUUGAUAUGUGUCUCUGUGUUUCUAUUUGUUUUUCUAUUAUGGUUAGUAUUCUGAGUGGAUGAAUGAGAAGGAAAAAAAGAGGGAUACACAAGCUACAGGACUUGUAGCAUAAAUAUUCUUUUUUAUCUAUUUAACCUGGAUUGUCCCAUCACAAGAAGCAUUCUUAGAAUCAUUUUUGACCAGUGCAAUACAAGGGAGAAGGAAGUGGGGAAACAGGCUCUACUUUCAGUCCAGUGAAGCCAAUUUGCUCUUUGCAGUAUGAAAACAAAAAUGCCCAUUUAGUGCUGUGCCGGUGCUGUGUAGGGACAUCUGUGUUACCUGGGGAAAGUAGCUGUGUCAGUAAAGCAUUCCAUUUCCGUUACACUGGAGUGUACACAGAAAAAAGGGUGCAUCAGUGAGGAUGGAGAACUGUGCCAGCCUCUCCGAUUCUCUUCCAAACUUAGAUUCCCUUCCACAGCUUUGUGGAGUGCUCUCUUGACUGCUCGGUGACUGACUCAGCUUACUUUAACAAGAACAUGUAUCAUUUUCUGGCAAUUCAAACCUGUAUCUGCAUGCAAGGGAUAGAACGUGCCAGUGCAGUGGGGCAGUGAUGAGCCUCUUGCACAGGAUGAGCUCUGAUGAAAUUUAAAUGCCUUCAGUGGUGCUCAGAGCUCAAGACAGCUGAUGUGACUCUGAUUGUCUUUUAGCCUCUAAACACGUGCAGAAUUGGGUGGGCACCUUUCACUUUAUCUUGCUUUAACAGUUGUACUCACAGACAGCAGAAAUGCCUGAGACUUGCUCAUUGCUGUGUAAACUUACUUUCUGUAGCUUUAUUAGUUAAGAACGGUGCCCUGAAGAAUUUUCUCAGAAGUGUGUGAAGUUUAAUGACAGCUAAACUUAGAUAUCGACCAAGGCUGUUUUGUUGCUGUUCCAAUUAUUGGCCUGUAACCUUCCUGUUAAUUUGAACAGUUGCUUGGCAAAGGUAUUUUCCCCAUGAAUUUGCACAACUCUUAAGUAGAGGUGGCCUUACUAAACUGCUUUUAAAAAGACCUGUUCUGUUCUCUGUUUUGGUUUUUUUGUUUUGUUUUUUUGGGUUGUUUUUUUUUCAACAGUAAUAUGUUAUCUGCUUUUUAACUUUCUUCUUUAUUCUUUUAUUUGCAGUGAUGUGGUUGCAUGACCUGCAGCAUUAUUAUAACAGGGACUGUUCACUGCAUGACUUGCUUUUCUGUCCAGACUGCAUAACCAAAACUUAACCAGUUCUACACUUAAGACUCAUGGCCAUCUGAUUUCAAAGGGGGAUCUACUUGCAGAGAAGCUUGCCAUCCUGGGGAAUGGCUUUCCCAUUUCCCACUUCCACUUACUCUUUCUCUUCACAAAAAGUCUCCUAUGAGGCUAGAAGAGAGGAAAUCCUGUAUUCACAACUCAACAGGAGGCGUUCUGCAAAGUGACAGAGCAGUGUCAGCUCUCCAUCUUACUUCCGCCUGUCCACUUUAUUUAAUUCUGAUUAACAGUAUUAACACACAGACUUCCUGCAGCAUUUUCAUAUACUGAACUAUAAAAAUCUAGUCUUAACGAGUUCCUAAAAAAGGCUUUUUGGUUACUGUUAAAAUUUCAAAGCACCCACACCCUUAAAGGAUCCAAUUUGAAUCUUUAAACACAUAAAGUAAAGCAAAGGAGAUGUUUUACCAGGAGAAAUGACUAAUGAAUUGCUGCUUGGCGAUCCCAUCUUCCUUAGAAAACCAAGCAAGUUUCAUCUGAUAAUCUCCGAGCCAGGCAAACUACCGGGUGGUAUUUUGUUCACAGGCACUGCCUGCUUCCUUAAUAUGUAUAUACGCAGUAGUUUGUGGCUGUUGUAUUUUUCUCUCUACAUUUGAGCUGUGUUGUUGGUUUCUUUCAGAAACUUUUUUUUCCAAUCUGUAUACAAUUGUUAAAACAAUCUGAGGAAAGACCAUUAAUGGAGAUAAGUAUGAAAGUCAUCUACACUUUCAGUAUUAUGCAGACUGUUCUUGCCAGUUUAUAAUUUGGAUCGUUUAUCUUUCACCUGUACUGUUUUUUUCCUUUUUUUUCUUUCUCUUGUCACAGUCUUAGCUAUUUAAUUUCCAAUUGCACUAGCUUGGCUGUUUCUUUGUAUUUUGAAGUUUAGAUAUAAGAUUUGCCAUAUGUAGACAGUGUAACUCAAAAUGCUUUGUACUGCCUAUAUUAAUUUAAAAAGCUGCUUAUUUAAUAUUCCUAAAUAUCUGCACAUUUGUACUACUGUAUCUUUGUUUUGUAUUGGACAUCCAGUACUGGCAAGAUUCAGAAGACAAGGGAGUGCUGUAGUGUUGUAAGUUAAGAGGUUUAUUGUAUAGGAGUUAGUACAUAACAAACAGGGAAAGGGGCUUUCAAGCCUUAGGAUUUGCUGGAAAAACUGAAAAGUCUGAAUGCUGAGUACCUUAAGCAGUUUGAUUUAAAUCCAGUUACAGAGAAACCCCAUUCUUGCUCACCUGGAUCUUAAUCCUGGCAGAAAUAUUGAUAUGAGCUGUGCUGCCUCCAGGAAUAGUUUUACUUGUUUGGGCAGUAGAAGAACCUCCAGCCCUGUUUCGUGGGAGCACCCCCACGCUGAAGAAGUGUUGUGUCCACUUGUCUCUGCAGUCUCUUCUGGUCACACACACAGUGCCUGCCUCGUCCCUGGCCCGUCAGGUGGGCUUGGACAGAGCCACACCUCGGGCGCAGAGACGCCCGCUUGUGUCCAGUCCUCAGGGAUCCUGAUCCCACAGUGUCCUUGGCCUCGUGCAGAAUGACGCAGAGAAAGGACAGACGUGUCCCCCAGCAGAGCGUGGUGGUGUGUGCUGCCUGGCAAAGAGAUGGCAGGUAGGAAUGGACUCCAAGCAGGCCAGGCAGCAAUCUGAAGGGUAAAACUAGGAUCCCAGUGAGAACUGUGGUGUUUUUUCUUCUGGAUACUGUAUCAGGUACUGUGGCUACCAGGUGCUCUGGCUGACAGCUGUCCGUAAAGGCUUCAGAUGGGGAUAUAUGUCUUUCCUGGUCCACCAGGGCCAGGGACAGUGAAGUCUUACGUGGCCUGCAGCCAGGAUCUGGGGUUUGGUGAUAAUGAGUCACGUACUCAUGCAGCAGAGGCAGCAGCAUUUCAUCAGACUGAGUCCAGCAGAGAGCUGAAGGAUUUGUGUCUUUCCAGGUCCUAGCCAUUGAUCCCUUGUUAUGUGUCAGGGCAAGCGUUACUAGUAAAACUUCUUUUAGUUGGGUGUUAAAGGCAUGGUAUGUUUUUCAUUUGCUAGUGCUGCUUCGGCUGGGACCACACCCUACCCCAAGCCAGGCUGGGUGCAGGGUCCCUGAAAUCAGGGCACUGUGCUGGGCAGGAGGGGAUUGCUUUUUUGUGCACCUGCCUCCACAGCUGUCCCAAAGUGAUGCCGAGCAGUACCUCAUUUCUCCAAGUGGUCUGUGCAGAUUAGAGACUAAGUAUCAGUUGUUCUUGAGCCUUGAUGACAUUUAUAUGUAAGUGUGUUUAGCUUGACAAAAGUUAUUUGAGUUUACUAAUGCAACAGAGAGAUGCCAGGUGGAGCCACUCAAGGAGCUGGCUACUUUAACUAGAUUAACCUGGCAUCUCUGUCAUGAAGUGGUUGUGAGCUCUCAACUCAGAGCUGAUCUCCAGCAUGUCUCUGAUAUACUAACUUCAUUUGUGCUGCAUAGAAAACUCUCAUACCUUCUUAAUAGCAGCUUGUUUGACAGUCCUGAAUUAAAUGUUGAUCAAUUAUCAAAGUAAUAACUGUUUGUGAAGUUGCCAGUGAUAUAUUUUCUGUAAAAGAAUGAAUUCUUAGAGUGUCAAAACAUUAAUUUCCCAUUUCACCUACAAAUUGUGUAACUACCAGAUUGUUAUGGUAGCAAUAUUAAUAUACAUACCUGUAUAUAGACAAAAAAACCUCAUUAACGAUAAUUGGAAUCAAAAAAAUUUAAUAUUUUUUCCCAGUCAAAUACACUAAUGCUUCCAAGUGAUAGAAGAGUGUACAGUUGUUAAACAAGUUGUAAAUAAACGCUUAUAUAAAAUGUAAA